GGAGUGGGUCACUUAGCCGGGCGACGUUAAUGUCAUGAGAGAGGCAUGCGCAUCCAGAUUCAUCUCAUGCCGAAUCAAAAAUAGAACUACACCAUGUAGGCGCCGACCGGAUGAACAACAGCUUCUACACGACGUAGAAGCUACAACGACGGAGGAUCCCGCGGAGCAGGAGCAUAGUGCCCCAAGAAUACUAGAAGAGCGGGACUAGUAGAACCACUUUCCUGCUGAACGAGACGAGGACAACGAACCACAACCACAACCACGACGAAGGCCUUCUCUACUUCCGCCGUGGUACUUACGACCAAAAAUGUCUGCGGCUGCGGAAAACGUGCAAGUGGUGGUCCGGCUCCGGCCGGACGAAGAAAAUUACGCCGACGGCUACGACUUAUGCAUUGCAAAAGUAUUAACGUACGAAGUGGAACUUGCAUGCCAAAUUUUCUUUACCAUAAAAAUCCAAAGCUGGUGCCCUGCAACACUGCCAUUUCAUCCACCUGGAGGUAAGGUUACUUUUGCACAGCAUACGACCCCAGCAUCUACCACUUCGAGAUCGACAAACCGCAUGUGUUGACCAUCAGAGAUCCCCUCUCCAAAGGCAGAUCGGACCACACGUUUGUGUACAGCAAAAUCCUCCUAUGAAAGUGCACAACUCCCCUUCCCCCUCAUUUGUCAUGCGAAAUUCCAAAUCCACCCUUCGCCUGUUAGCACUGUUUGCAUGACAGACUCAAAAUCCAAAACAGGAGCACUACAAUCCUCUAGAAAUUUGUCAUGCAAGAGCUGCAUCUUUGGUAGCGCUUGUGUUGCUGUUCAUGCAACACAAAUGAGGGGGAGGGGGUGUUGUGCACUCUGAUACCCCCUCCCCGAUGACAAACAGGAGAAAACUUUCACCGAAAUCGCGAAGCUAUGGAUUGCAAAUAUCGAUCUGGGUCUGGAAGAGCCAAAGAACUUGUGAUGCUGCAUUUGGAUGCUAAAAAGAUCUGUAUUGCAUGAGCAGCAAGAAGAGUCAAAUUUGGCUACGCGGAGAGGGCACUUGUCAUGCAAGACGUCGCGCAUCGCGCUCAAAAAAUCUGUGAUGUUAUUGCAUACGUCAGAGAAAUCACGGAUCAUGGAAAACGUGCAUGACAAACUUCUCCUCUUCCAGACCCAGACAUUUUUACAUUUGAAAGAAGCCGCUGGUAAACCACACGAUGCUGGGGUUCAACUCGUGUUGUUUCGCCUACGGGCAAACGGGCAGUGGGAAAACCUACUCCAUUUUUGGCGAGGGCAACAACGAAGCGCGGGGGAUUUUACCUAGGGCGGUGGAAUAUUUGUUUGAAAGGAUAGAGGAGAACUCCGGCCGCAAGGAGAUCGGCAUGGUGUGCUCGUUUUUGGAAGUGUAUCUGGACCAGAUCCGCGAUUUGGGACGAGCGUAUUUGGCGGAUAGACACAAACAAGGGAAGGACAUCGUGGAAGGCGGGGGCGGUUCGAGUAGCUCCACUGCGAAUGCAGGGUUCGGGGGAGGGAGUAUACGGACGGGGGGAGCGAGUAGAGAUUCUUUAAUUGAUGUGUCUCCUGUCAUGCUCAUGCACGAUGCGGAUGCUGCAUGUAUCAAAGUGGUUUGUCAUGCGGAAUAAGUCACAAGACCAACCACGAAAAAAUCAAAAUCAGGUCGCCGCCCCACCAGCGCCUCCAGCACGCGUGGCACCACCGUCCAGCGAGCGAACUCCAACUCCCGCCCGAGUUCUGCCCACGGCGCGGGAGGCGGCGGAACAAUACCCGACCCCUUCGGGAUAGCAAACAUAGGGAACAACCCGGGGGCCUUGUUGCAGAACUGGCACCAACAGGACUUAGAGAUACACGAGACGCCGGAGGGACAGGUGUUUGUCAAAGAUCUAACACUCGUCCCGGUCCGGACGAUACAGGAAGUCAUAGACGUGGUCAACUUAGGCCUGCAACUACGGGAGACCCACGGGACGAGCAUGAACGCGGUCAGUAGCCGAAGUCACACGGUGAGCAGGGAGAUGUGAUUUGUGUUGCUAAGAUUGCAUAUGCGUUGAAGUUUGUGAUGCAUAGUUUCGUUCACAUGCUCCAAAAAAUAAAACUACCUCUUUUUAUCAGGUUUUCACCAUCAACGUUGUCCAGAAAGAGCGCCGCGCGGCCGAUUCCGACGUGAUAUCGGGCAUGAUAAACCUCGUUGACCUCGCCGGGUCAGAGAGAAUAGCGCGGUCAAAGUCUGAGGGCAGUAGGUUUCAGGAAGCCGUGAUGAUAAACUCCUCUCUAUCCGCACUCGGGAGGGUGUAUCGCAAGAAAAACGUGUUACAGUUACACAUUGUGUUGCAGGCCAAGCAAGACAGACAAGCUCUGUCAUGCCGGAUAUGCAUAGGAUCCUCGUUUCGUAGUUGUUUUCCCGUAGGAUUUCUGCAUCACAAGUUUUCUCUCUCAUGUAGAGAAAUUUGUGUUGCUGAAUUCACUACAAAUGUGUAACUAUAACACUUUUUUUCGUGGGAUAGGGUGGUGCUAGCGCUGAGUACAGAUCCGAAGGAGGCAAAGUACUUUGUGUUUUUAUAUGAUAUAUAAUAGCGCGUUAUAUAACACAGAUGUGAGAUGACACAGAUGCCACAGAUGACACAGAUGACGAACAUUAGAAGCGCAAAGCAGUUGCAAUCUUGGCGGCAUCUGUGCACAGAUGACGAACAUCGCGCACACCGAAAUAGAAACCGCGGACGCCCUACGUCGCCCAUUUGCAUUGAUGGCGCAAAAGAUGGAGGGGGGGGCGUGAGCAACUCGGCGAAGCCGUUUUUCAAAUUCGCCCAAAGGAAGCUGAAGCGCUAGCGGGGUCUGCUAGUAAAGGCACCGCGGCCAAAAUCUGCAUUGCCUCGGGGCGAGCGCCUGCGUUUGCGCUUCGUCCCAAAUCUUUUCGAGAUUGUGCUCGGACUAAGCACCCAGCAGGGAAGCAUGCUUACGCUUUAACGGACAGCUCCACCCUGGCACGGGGCUGGCGCUCUUAUUCGUAGCGUAAGCUCUUCUUCUGUGGCCAGAUGGUCAGUAGUCGUGACACCAUCGAGAAGUGUGCCGCGGCAUUGCGCCGCUAUGGUUGCCGUCAGCACAGUGCUCCUUGCGGGAGAUGGGGGUCACGGCAUCUGUGCCUUUUGUGUCGCCAAUUUUGCAUGAACCCAAAAAGCCGGCAUCUGUGUCAUCCGGGCAUCUGUGUCCGUGGCAUCUGUGUGGGACCACCCUUAUAUAACACGCUAAUAUAAGAUUUCGAUUUGGUGUGCGCGUGCAGUGCUGUUUUUUGAUGAUGCUUUUCAUGCGUGCAGUACUUCUAUGGCUCGUGCGACGUAAUGCCGCCCCGGUAAUGAAUGCUAUUCUUGGAGAAGUGCCUGACUGACUCGUCCCUUGCUGUAAAAAUAAAGGUAAUCAACUCAGGUUCAUUCCCUAUCGCGAUUCAAAGCUGACAAGGAUACUCCAAGGAUCUCUGGGUGGCAACAGUUUCACAACCUUACUCGCGUUAUGGAUUGCAAAUAUGUCUGGGUCUGGGAGGUGGCUACUUGUCAUGGUAAAUCUGAAGCAUGCAAAAAUCUGUGUUGCAUGAGUGCCAAAAGCUGUCCACUUUUGACCAAGUUGGGAGGGAGUUUCUCAUGCAGGAUAGGCAUGGUAGGGACCUCACAGAGUCUGUCAUGCUAAGUCCCGCAUUCCAGAUCUCAUAGGUCAUGGAAAAUCUGCAUGACAAGUUUCCACUCUUCCAGACCCAGACAUUUUUGCGCUUGAAACGCGUGUGUGCACCCCGGAGCAGACAACUAUGAGGAGUCGGUAUAAUUGAUGUAGAAUGAUGAAGUGGUUUCCUCGGAGAAGAUGUUCCUGAUCGCGCUUUGUCAGCAUGCGAAAUCAACUUUGUCAUGCGGGUAUGCGCAAUACAAUAAUACAAUAUUCAGGUAAACACCCUGAUGUUUGCCGACCGGUGUCGCUACAUGGAAAACAAGCCGGUUGUCAACUACCUCUCCGACCCAGCAGGGAAAUCGAACGACCGCAAGGUAAAAAGGUUGCUGGCGGAAAUCGCGGACCUGAAAUCCCAACUCGACAUCAGCAAAGCCACCAACGAGCAUAUGCAAUACAAAUUUUCCGCGCAUGUACAAAAAAAUGCAUCACAAAUUCCGCUAAUUUGGAAGAUCAAAAAUUUGUCCUGCUGACUACAGACUAGAGGCAACUUUUGUUUUGCAGAAACAGCAUUUUUACUUGUCCGGGAAAAAAGUUACUGUGGAUAGAUAAGCGAGCGGCGUUUGUGAACGAGCAAUUGGGCACGGGCGGGAUGCCCGACUACCUGAAAGGCCUUGCUUCCGAAGCCGACGCGACGAAGAAAGCGAAGCAAGAUUUAGAGAACGCACAAAGACUCGCGGCACAGAAGCUGGCCGAAGAGAAGGCGAAGGCGGAGGCCGCGGAAAAGAAGGCCCAAGAGGCUCUGAACGCGUUUGGGAAUGCGAGGAAAGAGAUGCAGGAAAGGGAUGAGAAAAGGAGAAGGGAAAUGUAUUACAAUGAAAAAUGCCCCCGCCCCGGAACUUGGCAGCAUUUGUAUUCCCAACCUUUCUAAUGGAAACAUUUCCCGUCUUGCAUAUAUCAGCAUCACAAAUUUUCCAUGCUGAAUAGCUCAAGUCUAUGUUGCAGAGGAGCCCAACAGUAGCCAAAUCUGUUAUGCAAAAGAUACCUUGCGCACCUAGGGUCUGCAUCAGAAAGGCUCAACAUAGUCCUUUCAAGCAAGACAAAAAGCGUUCAUUUGGAAACUUUGCAUGACAAGCUUUAGCAAACUCCGGGGCGGGGGCAGUUUUCAUUGUAAUAAAAUGCUGGAGAUGCGGGAUAAAAUGCUGGCAAUGGAGAAGGAGCUGGACCAACAAAAGAAGAACUACGAGAAACUGAUUGCAGAGGUAGUUUUAGAAGUUAGACUUGUUUAGCAGCUGCUUUGUGUCAUGCGCAACAUGCAGUACGAUGAUAAAGUUUGUCUUGCAAGAACUGCAAAAGCAAAUGCGCAUCAAUUAUCAGACCGCCGCCCAGAACAAGGAAGAGUUGGAGCAUUGGAAGGAUCAGGUGAAAAAGCUGAUCAACACUAAGGACGACCUAAUCAUGCGCGUUCCCGACUUGCUAAAAGACUCUGCACUGCUCCUCGAGACGAAGCAGCAGACGUGGAAAGAUCAGAACAAGGCACUGCAUAUGCAUCGGAAAUGUGUCUGGGUCUGGAAGGUUGCAACAACUUGUCAUGCUAGAUCUGAAUCAUGCAAAAAAUCUGUGUUGCGUGAUUACUAACAGCCGUCCUUUUUUACCAAGUUGAGAGGCAAUUUCUCAUGCAGGAUAGGCAUGAUAGAGAUCUCACAGAGUUUGUCAUGCUAGGUGCUGCAUUCCAGCCCUCAUGGGUCAUGGAAAACCUGCGUCGCAAAGUUGCCAACAUGCUUCCAGACCCAGAUCGAUAUUUGCAUUUGAUACUGCACGACAGGCACAAGCACCAGCUGCACGCGUUGAAGGAUUCCCACGAGAGCGAGGCAACAAGUAUCCUGUGCAAAAGUAUCGUACUCGUAGUGAUUGCAUUUAUGCAUUGCAAAUCCCUUUCUUAAGCUGAAACAGCAUGACAAAGCCCAUUUGUAAUGCUGAGCUAAUUUGUAUUGCAAAACUACGAGCUCGAGCACGAUGCUUUUGCAAUUGAUAACCAGUAUCGUGAAGCAAUACAAGUACUUUCUGCAGGAGAAGGAGAAUGAAACAGAGGAGUUGGUAAAGUCUUUCAACGAAUACUACGAGAAGAAAAAGCGGGAACAGGCGGAAUAUGAAGAGGAAAUGCUGGCGUUAUACGAGUUGAUCCAGCAACUCUCCAGAAUUUGUCACGACAUGGAGACCGGGCAAUACCCUGUGUGUUACCGAUUAGGAUUUAUCAAAUGCAAAAAUGUCUGGGUCUGGAACAAAGCAACUUGUCAUGCUAUAUCUGAAUCAUGUAAAAAUCUGUGUUGCAGCAUGAUCACCAAAAGCUGUCCACUUUUGACCUAAUCGAGAGGCAGUUUCUUAUGCAGGAUAGGCAUGAUAGAACUCUCACGGGAUCUGUCAUGCGGUGUCCUACAUACCAGACCUCAUGGGUCAUGGAAAACCUGCAUGACAAGUCUGGCACUCUUCCAGACCCAGACAUUUUUGCAGUUGAUAGGCUUACGGUGUGUGCAAGUCCCGCCCGGCGUGAAACCGACCUUGCCGUCGAAGGUCCAGAAGGGAGUUGGUGGAAACAACAAAUUCGAAAAAUUGUUCUCCGCGAUAGCAUAUCCUUUGCAAAAGUAUCGUACUCGUCGUACUAGUCGCAGUCACGCAAGACAAACUUCUUUUUCAAGCUAUAAUGAACAUGAGAAAUUCUAUUUGUCAUGUUGAGCUUAAAUUUGUAUUGCAAUACUACGAGAACGAGAAGUGCGAUACUUUUGCAUUGCAUAUAGCAGAGACGAAGAGGAAAGCGGACAAGUACGAGAAAAUGAUGAAUUUACGAGGCUUGCAGGAACCAGCAGACGCGAGCAAGCUGACAAACGGUAUAAAGAUGUUACUAAAAUUUUUGUGGCGGUCACACGAUUUUGGUUCGUUUCUGAGUCUAUCGCAUCAUUAAUCUAUCGCAUGAUCUGAGCAUUUUUUCGUGCAGAAGUGAAUCGCAUGCAAAAUAAGUGGACCAUGCGUAUGAAAAAUUGCUGCCCUUGAAGAUAUGUUCGAAAAAAUCCUGUCAGAACCAACUACCGCCGCGAACCAGCCGGACCACAGCACGUCAAUGGAAAGCCCAUCGAAUAACGACAUUCUGUCCAACUGGGACCCAAGAAAAUUCACCUCGGAUUUCUGCCGAAGUGCGGAGGAAGACAACGUCGACGUGUUGCGGGUGCUGAACAUCGACCAGUUGAAGGCUUUAUGCGUGUGCCUGAAAAACCGGGCCAACACCGAAUUCGACAUCCAGGCGGAGAAGCAGGUGGUGCGGGACGAGGUGAUAUUGCAAGGAAAAAUCCCCCCUCCCCAUAUUGAAACCGCGCCCUUCUGAAAAUUUGUAAUGCAGAUCUGUGACCACAAAUCGGGUCUGUCUUGCAAGAUGGCGCGCUUAGGCUGUCCGCCACGUUAUGCAGGCGAUUUGUAUUGCUGUAAGGCCUACAGGGUAGCCGUCUACCAUGUAGCUAGGCGCCUACGCCAAAAGGCCCGCGCCUAGGCUCAGGAUUUGCGUGCAUUCCUCGACUGCAGCACAGAUUUGAUUUGUGUGUCCAAAUCCAGCAUCAGAAAUUUCGUUUUGAUAUAGGGAGGAGGGAUUUUUCGUGUUGAUAGGUGAUGCGGGAUCUGUCGUCUCAUCCAACGGUGGAAUAUAACCUGCUCUGGUGUUACAAUCUCAAACGUGACAAGAAAAUCUGGAAUUUGUGUUGCAAAAUGCGCAACAUCUAGCCUACUCCCAAAGGAGCGCGCGUGACAAGUUUCGAAGCCCCAAACCCAAUGGGAAUCUGACGACAUUUGUAUUGCGAAAAGCCCAAGUCUCCGUAUGGUUUUCAUGCUGUUCAUGCAAGACAAAUUCCAGAUUCUAUAGUAACGUUUGAGAUUGUAACAUCUGAGCAAGCCAUAUGCAGUACCUACGGUUUUUGGAGACGGAAGUGGACUCGUACAAGCAAAAACUGGCGGACGAGACACUGUAUCCUGUGCAAAUAAAGUACUAUGAUCGUGCCGCUCGUAAUCAAUGACCGCAAGGUUGCAUGACAAAAGUCGGGCUUUCUACUAUACCUGAAUUUUUAUGAUCCGCAUGAGAAAAUCCAUUUUAUCUCUUUCUUCAGAAUAAAGUUGUGAUGCAAUUGUGCCUACUACCGUCACUGUUGUACUAGUACUUUUGCAAUGCAUACACCGAAAACGAGGAAUUUGAAGGUCGCUCUGUCCAGCUCGCACAUCAGCCGGGAUGUGCCCUUGGGGAACUGA